UAUGAUUUCGUAUGUUAAUGUUGGUGCUGCUAUUGAGCGCCGUCAUUUGUUUGUGUUUGUGACCCUUUUGCGUUGCUGACAUCAAACUCACGCUAACACUCUUCCAACCUUCAAUGGACUCCAUUUGCCCUAUUGGGUUGCAGUGUGCCACUGAAAUCUCUGCUCUUCUCUCUCCUCCCUCUCCUCUUCAAGUUCAGAAAUAUUAUCACGACCUUUUGACUGCAAGAGGGUGCAGUGGUAUCAAAGUCAAACAGGAUGGCAACUUUGGAAAAGGUUUAUAUGCAGACAUGGACUUCAAAGAGGGGGAACUGGUUCUGAAGGACCCCAUGCUUGUAGGAGCUCAACAUCCCCUCAACAAGAUUGAUUGUUUGGUGUGUAGCUUCUGCUUUUGUUUUAUUGGUUCCAUAGAACUUCAAAUUGGAAGGAGGCUUUACAUGCAACAACUAAGGGCCAAUGAGAGUCAUGGUUGUGAAGUGGGAAGCUCUUCAAAACACUGUCAUGAAAUGGAUUCUUCUGAUGAAGAGGAGAGCACACAACAAUGUACUUCUGGUAGUUCCAAAACUAAAGUUCCUCUCCCUGAAGGUAUUGUGGAAUCGUUAAUGAACGGCCAAUUGGUGUUGCCUUUCUCCGAGAAGUUUUCCUUGCCGCCAGCUGUUCCAUGCCCUGGUGGAUGUGGAGAAGCUUACUAUUGCAGCAUGUCAUGUGCAGAGGCUGAUUGGGGAUCCUCCCAUUCUUUACUCUGUACUGGUGAGAGUUCUGAUUCAGCUCGUAGAGAGGCACUUCUUAAAUUCAUCAAACAUGCUAAUGAAACAAAUGAUAUAUUCCUCCUUGCUGCAAAGGCCAUUUCUUCUACCAUGCUAAUGUACCGCAAAUUAAAAGCAGUCAGUCUUGAAGAGCAAAUGAAACACAAUACAUCCUGUGUUUCGAACCACUGUAACUUAUCUAUUCUUUUGGAAGCUUGGAAGCCUAUAUCAAUGGGACACAAGAGAAGGUGGUGGGACUGUAUUGCUUUGCCAGAUGAUGUUGAUUCUUCUGAUGAAGCUUCAUUCAGGCUGCAAAUAAAAAUGUUGGCAUUUGAGUCUCUCCAACUUCUUAAGACAGCCAUAUUUGACAAAGAAUUAUUCUCCCUUGAAAUCUAUGGAAAUAUCAUCGGCAUGUUUGAGCUGAAUAAUCUUGAUUUGGUUGUAGCUUCUCCUGUGGAGGAUUACUUUUUAUAUAUUGAUGAUCUGACAUAUCCUAAUAAGGAAGAAGCUGAGAAAAUUACGCAACCGGUUCUGGAUGCUCUUGGUGAAGAGUAUUCUAUUUAUUGCGAAGGAACUGCAUUUUUUCCUUUGCAAAGCUGCUUGAACCAUUCCUGUUGUCCUAAUGCCAAGGCUUUCAAAAGAGAGGAGGAUAAAGAUGGUCAAGCAACAAUAAUUGCACAGAGGUCCAUUUGUAAAGGAGAAGAGAUAACCAUAUCAUAUGUUGAUGAGGACCUUACAUUUGAAGAGCGACAAGCAUCCCUUGCAGAUUAUGGUUUCAGAUGCAGGUGUUCAAAGUGCAUUGAAGAAGAGCCAUAAUGUUAUAACUAGUAAACAUUCAUGCAGAAUCCAAGUGUUUUAGAAGACAAUGAGGCUUUCUUAACUGUGAUUGAGUUGAUAUGCUAAGAAAAGAGGAGGAAUGGAAUUGAAAGGGAACAAUUAUUAGGGGAUUUUGUUACUAUUUAGAAAUUUAUGUCCUUUCAAAUAGGUCCACAAUUGCCUGCAUGACACAUUUGUUACUCCAGUUCUUUCAUUUUAUAUUAUAUAUAUAUAGAAACAAUUGUAAUGUGGCAGCAGAAAAAUAGAUACUUGUUCAAAUUUUUUAAAUAGAUCAUGUUGUCUCGACACAAGGUUAAACAAUGAUUUCGUUUUUUA